CAGUGCGGCCGCCAUUGACGAUUCAGUACUUAGUGGAUUGCCCAAUAUCUGAUAUCGUGUUUAGGUGUUCGCGUCAAAUCUGUGUGUAUGUUGAGGAAACUUGUGCCAUUUAUCAAGUUGAUGAUGUUUAUCGGAACUAACCAGUGAAAGAGUUUGAAGUUUCUGAAGGUAAGCUAAAGUUUUGUGGUGAAUGAACGCGCUUCAAAAUGACCACGCCGGAAGAAAUUAAGACCGAAUAUACGUCGAGUUUGGCCGAUUUGACUUUCAAUAGCAAACCGUUGAUAAAUGUAUUAACAAUGUUGGCCGAAGAAAACCUGCCGAAUGCGAAAACAAUAGUGGAAGCUAUUGAAGAACAUCUCUAUAAGGUCGCAACGGACGUUAAAUUGCCAAUUUUGUACCUCAUUGAUUGUAUAGUGAAGAACGUCGGAGAAACAUACACGGGCUUAUUUAGUCAGAACAUUGUGUCUACAUUUUGCACAGUUUUCAAGAAAGCCCUUCUUUCUAAGGUGGAUGAAAAGACCCGAUUGGAAAUGUUCAAACUACGACAAACAUGGAACGACGUUUUCCCACAAAUGAAGCUGUAUGCUAUCGAUGUUCAAAUUCAUCAGAUCGACCCUGCCUGGCCAGUAACUGCCCAACCAACAAAUAGUAUUCAUCUGAACCCCAAGUUUCUCAAGACUACUCCUGCCACAACUAAGAGUAAAGUUGCUGCUGCCUCUCCAAUAGAAGUUGUUACUCCAACAGCUCCUGUAUUGCCAACCAAGCCGGUUUCCGCAGAUUUGGACAAAGAAACUCGACUGAUGCAGGAGCAGUUGAUGCAAAAACAGAAGGAGUUAUUAGAGCUACAAAGAAAGACCUUGGAACUGGAAGUGUUGCAAACGCAAGUGAAGUUGCAAGAGCAGAUGAAGGCUGGAGGAGUGCCUUCUGUGGCCACAAACAUUUUAUUGAAACCGGAAGUUGCCAAGCAGUUCCUUCCAGAUGCAGUUGGGAAACCUAGGCCAACAGACAUGAUAAAUUCCUUGGUUCAAAAACCCCAUACCAACCAAUUAAAGAUUAAUCCAGUGAACUCAGCUUUGGCUGCAGCUAGGCCAAUCAGAGAUCCACGUUUGUUACGUCAACAACAAGAUAAACAAACAUUGGAUAAUUUAUCUCAACAAACCACCGGUAGUGCUGGCAUGCUUCCCAACAGUACAGUUCUUGACACCAAUAAACAUAUAACUAAUAAAGUAGGUGUUAGAAAUUUUAGCAAAGAUCCUCGUUUGUCCAGUAGGAAUGACAAGAAAAAUAGAAAUGCUAGUAAAACGCGCGAUGAUUCUUCGCUUAUUCGCGACUCGGAUCCUAGUCAAAAAGUCGACAAAAACUCUCGUGCCGACUUUGAUAAAUCUAUAAACGAUUCGAGGUUUACUUCCAGCUCCAACAGCAAUUUAUCUAGUGCUAGUUCUAACAAUUUACAUCCAAUGUCUAAAAAUAAACGGGUACCUGGUAAAAAUCGGAAAAGGGACAAACCAGAAACAAAACGGAAUCACGAUUUUGACACGACCACCUUUCCGAAUAAACGCGAAAAGGUGUCCCCCAAGGAGGAGGAGAAACGCUCCAGUGACUCGAAACAGACAUCUUCCACUUUUAAAAAUGUAAAGGGUAAGAGUCGCAAUUAUGUCAGGCGCAAUUUGGUGGACAGCCCCCCGGUGCAGCAGGAUGAUGAUGACCUCACAGCUUCAUCUAAUCAGUCAGACAAGAAUGACAAAAAUUCGUCUGCAGAGAAUCUAAUAGUGAAGCAGAAGUCCCCCGAAGCAAGCACACAUGUUUCACCAAUUAGUUCCAUGGAUGUCGACUUACGGAAGUCAGCACUAACUUCAACCAAGAAGAGAUCGUCUGAAACAUCGGAGCCACCGGCGAAGAGAAAAAGCUUUGAUGUGCUGUUUGGGAGCGAAGAUACCGACUUGCGACAGCUACCUAUGCACGCUGAUUCUGAACGGAAAGCUACCGUUAUAGAGCGACCGCCUACGCCCCCACCGCCAAUCAUAUCCUCCAAGAAGGAUGCAACCGUCGUUCAGGAGAUGACAUCUUUAGCUCCCAAGAAAAGUAACUUCGAUGCCGUCAGAGCCAAGCUAGCGAAUGCUACCAAUCGGGAGAAAGUGAUGAACAAGUCAUUCCAUAAAAACAAGAUCCAACAAACUUCAACUGAUAAAGAUUUGCGACCAAUAAGUCUUCAGAUAUCAUCUGAAGACGAGAAGGCAAUUCGAUCUGGUCAUAUGACAAGUGAGCAAGAGAAGCAAUUCCUGAAUAAAUUCUUGAGCCAAAUCGAGCAAGAUAAAUUGCGUCAAGCUAAGAAAAAAGAUCACGAAGAAGCGUUAGUUGAUAUGUCUCUUCAAGAGAUCAGUGAUGAAGAUUUCGGCUCGGAUUCAGAAGAUAGCCCAAAGGCUUCUUUAUCUCAUCGUGCGAUUCCAUUCAAUGAUAAAGAUGAGAGGUUGCGCAUGCAUAUGCCAGGCCCGAUGGGUCAAGUGCAACGUGCCGAUAGUGUGUCAUCCACAUCAGACAAUGGAUCUUACAUGUCAAAAGGAGAUAAUCGGCGAACUCGUUUUAGAGGCGGGAGUGAUUGGAGAGGAAGAGGCCGUGUACCUCUUCAAGGUCCUCAACCAAGACCACCAAUAAGACCGUGGUUACAUCAGCAGCAACAUCCUAGAUGGGGAGGAUCUUUUCCUGAUGACUCUUCCAGAAGUCCAAUCGCAAUAAGUCCGAGUGAAGACUUGGAAAUGACAAUAGUACACGAGGAAAAUAAAACACUGAACAUUGACGGAAUUCCUAGAGACAUUCGAAUCUAUAAUGAAACCGCCAUUAUUUUCAUCAACUAUGAUGACCCUCGUGAAAUUUCGUUCCAAAGCGGUGCGCGAAGAGUGAUUUUUAACAACAAAGAGACGUAUUUACUAAUGUUUGGGAACGAUUACACGGAGUGUACAAUAAACAAUUUUCCAUUCCGCGUGAAGCUUGGAGUUCCUAGCCGCGAAAUAUUUAUUAACGAUCUCGGGUUUGAAUGCUUUUUUGGUGGACCACCAGUUCACAUCUGUGUGAGCAGCAUUAAUAUGACAGUGCAAUUAGACGGACCUCUUCCUCAAGUCAAAAUAGGAGAGGUCAAGAGAACCGAUCUUGUGGUCGGCAAAAUCAAUCUCAUCAUCAACGCGACCCUAAUGAUCCCCGUGUUUCUCGACGGCAAAUUGCAAACGUUCAUGGUGGAAGGCGAGCCGUGUACAAUAAAAUUUGUAGAUGCAUUGAAAAGGGUGUUAAUAAAUGAUGUGCCAUUUAAUGUUGAAUUUGGUGGUCUCCCUAAACCUUGUAUUAUACACGGCAAAAAACAUUUUAUACGGUUUUCAGUUUUGCCAAAAGGCAUCAGACCUGGGUUUGUUCGAAUUAAAGACAUGGAAGGGGAAGAAGGUUCCAGCCCGGUUCGAGAUGAAACCAACAUUCAACCUGUACUAUCUGGGCCUUUAGAGGCUGAACCUUUGCGGCCUGAUACCAGUAAAUUGAAUCAAGCGAGGGGACAUCAGUCUCCAGAUAAUGGACGUAAUUCCCCAGGCUUCUUCAACAAUAUAUUGCAAACCGGUUUAGGUAACCUUGACGUUAUAUCUAAUGUGUUAUCGCAAUCGCUUACGCCAGCUCCUUCCACUGGAGGCUACCAAGUGGAACUUCCAGGUCUUGAACCAAGUGCUACCCCGGCAGUGAGUAGCACUUCCACUAUCAACGUACCAGCGCCCAACCCCACGCUCAAUAUAAAUGAGUUGUUUCAAAAAUUGGUCGAUUCCGGGUUUCUCACUACUCAGGACAAUAAGCAAUCUGAUGUCGCGAUUACCAAUCCACCUGUUUUUUCCGUUCCACAACUUACACUUCCGAAAGAAGUCGCUUCGUUUGUAGGUAAUGGAAAAGGAGUUCAGAAGCCCUACGGUUUUCAAGAUCAGACCUCAUCGAAACCCCAAAAGCGUAACAUAUCAACUGCAUUGAAGCCGGUUAGUUUUGGUAGACCGGAAACCUUAAAGAUUCGGCAGGGUGCUUUAUAUGCUAAACUUUAUACUGGCAUGCAAUGCUCAAGUUGUGGUAUGCGAUUUUCGCCAGAGGCCAGCAUGUGGUACAGUCAGCAUUUAGAUUGGCAUUUCCGACAAAAUCGCAAGGGAAAAAAGAAUGCACGAGUCGCAAACAGCCGAAAAUGGUACUAUUCAUUGGCAGAUUGGAAAAACUACGAGGAGUUGGAAGAUUUGGAAGAAAGAGAGAAAAAUUAUUUCGAUCAACAACAACAAGUAGAGGUGGCCGAAGAAGCUGAAGAAGAAGUGGAAAUUCCCAGCGUAACUGCAGACCCUGGGACUACCGACGAACGUUGUUACGUAUGCAGGGAUGUUUUCGAGCAAUUCUUCAACGAAGAAAAAGAAGAAUGGCAUUUGCGGAAUUCUGUGAGAAUUGAUGAAAAAACGUAUCAUCCAAUCUGCUAUGAAGACCAUCAAAAAUCGAGUAUGGACCAAAGUAGGACUGAGGACGAGACUCCUAGUAAACUGAUUCCCGGUUUAGAAAUUGUUUUGGAUGAUGAUGAUGAAGAACUUCCUGGAACCCUUGAUGAAGUAGUAUCGCUAAUGGAUGACGCUGAGGAGACUGUACCUGAAGAUGCACCUAGUCCAGUAAAAGAUGAAGAAGUGAAAGAAGAUGAUGAUGAUGAUGACGUUAUUUUAAAUGAAGUCGCACCUAUCAAGAUAGUUGUUGAUGAUGACGAUGACGAUGAAGAACUUCCGGCCGAGAAGAACUUUAGCAGUCAGCCUGUUGUCAUUAAGAAGGAAAAGAAUCUUGAAUAUGAUGACGGUUUUAUGGAUGUAGGCGAGAUCGUAUCUUUGCAAGGUGUGGGACAAGUUAAAAUUAAGAGUGAACCUGUAGAUGACGAUAUGCAACCACCUUCUUUGAACACGGACGAGCACAACUUAGUAGAAGAAGAUCCUAUCGAUCUAAAUGUCGAUAAUGAAGAAGUGUCUGUUUCGAAACCGGUGAGAUCCCGUCCUGAACUGAUCGCCUCCAUGGAUGGGAAUGUGGAACUAGUAGCGACUACCCCAAUGCCAGUGCCCACAACAAGUUCCGGAGGCCCGAAAAUCAAAAUAAACAUUUCGAAGCCAUUGCCUGUGAUAACUCCUAAAGACAUUAGUACUGGUUCUAGUGAUAGUGAUGUAAGUAAGUCCAUCGAAGUUCCUAUGGAGGAACCGGAGAUCCUUAGGUAUAAACCUGCGCUGCAGAAUGUACCUUUAAAGAAAAUGCCUCCAGUGAAAAAAGGUCAUGAAAUGAUGGGGUUGUGCUCUAUUAUGUGAAAUUAUGGUACCAAAAUAAUUGUUUUGUGUGGAAAAUAUAUUGUUAUCAAUUUUUGUAUUACUAUCGAUCGCAUCACUGUAAAUUUAUUGUCCCACACCUACAGUAGCAAAUUAUAACAAUAAAAUAUUAAUUAAUAUUA